AAUAAUUGAAAAUCAAAAGUAUACCAAGUUAAUUUACAUACAAAGACCUAAAUCAAUAAUGAGGUUAUUCAGUUCGAACCAUUUCUUCAAUUAUUCAUGGGAGCAAGUUACAGCGGCCAAUUGGCAGAAAUAUCCUAAUGAAAUAUCGACCCACGUUGUUUCUGUUGAUACUUUAAGUCGUGAAAUUGAUUAUGAAAAGAAUGUAUUAAGGUCUGAGAGAUUAAUUGCCUGUAAACAACCGAUUCCCAGAUGGUUGGGAUACUUAGUUGGUGGAGAAGAAUAUAGUUAUGUUCGAGAAAUCAGUGAAGUCGAUUUAACUAGUAAAAAAUUGAUUAUGAAAUCAUCCAAUUUGACGAUGAAUCAUCUUUUAUUAUGUAAAGAAACCGUUAUUUAUUCUCCAGAUUUCCAAUUACCCAAAAAUAAGACUAAUUUCCAUCAAGAAGCCGAAUUCACUGCUUUUGCAUCAUUAUCUAAAAUUUGUGAUAAAAUUGAAGAAUGGUCAGUGGAGAGAUUUGGCCAAAAUGCUUUAAAGGGUAAAAUGGGGUUUGAAAGUGUUUUGAAAGUUUUAACGGAAAAAUGGGAUGAAUCGGGCGUUUUCGUUAAUGGAGUUAGUAACUCAAUCAUGAAAGAUAUUAAUGAUGUUAGCGAAAAAACCAGUGAUAUCUUGGAUGAAGUUUCAAAAUUGAAAAAUGUUUUCAAAUAAGCGGGUAUCUUAGUACCCAGAUGAUUUUCUAUGCAUUUUAUUUUAUGUCAAGAAUCCCAAUCAUUACCAUAUUCAUGUCUUUUACAAAUUGCAUUGUGUUUUUAGUUCUAAGUUUUCUUUAUUUACCCAGAUAUUUUUAUUGCAUUAUUUG